AGAUCGCGAGUUUUUAUUUGUCUCUCUCCGCACUUUUGCAAGUUUACUAAGUGCUGGUUCAAGUAUAGCGAGAGCGAAACCAAAAUCGGAACGAGCGAAUGCUUCAUAUUCGGUUGGGCUUAAGCUUUUGCACUGAUUAAGAUCCGACAGACCGACAAGCGGUUAGUACAUACGGUCAACAAGCGCGGGGAUUUUUCGUUUCGCAUACAAAUAUGUUUGGACAACGCUUGUAUAUAUAUGCAUACAUUUGUGAAUAAGAUUGCACGCCCAGGGCCAGGUCCUGCAGUGUUCUGGAUCGAUAUAAUGGAAAAUAUAGAUGGGGUUCCUUGUGCUUUAUGUCUUUGUUAUUGAUGUUCAAUUCAUGACUGGAUCUCAUGAGGCAAAAAAUUAUCCAAAUAAACAAAGUGUAUCUCGUGGCAUAGCGCUCAGCACAAAAUCGCUCCAAUUUUAUCAGGGUCUGAAUUAUUUUGAAUAUAGCACAAUGAAAUUACCAACAUCGGAAGUUGCCAAAAUUGAGAGGUGAUAAAAUAGGAACAACGCUGUAUUUAGAUAAAUUCUGCCUACGUCUCGCAACGAUAUCGCGCCAACUAUAGAAAUGACGGGAUUUAAUACGGUUUUCUUAAUUCCGUUACUGUUUCUCGUCCAGUUUGCCAAACCUGGGGAAUUACCAACGGUCAAAACUGAUACAGCUAAAGAAGGAGUCGGUUUCGAAGUCUUGCUCGCCAAGUUGGACUAUUUGGAGUACAAGUUUAUGGAGCUGGGGUAUGAUCUAAAGGAACAAAAUGAAUUGAUGGCACGGAAUCAAGCUCAUCUCGAUAAGAGCAACGAAGGAAUGGCGUGGAUGGUUAUGCGCUUAGAUGAAGCCCUAGGGCGAAAUUUCAAACAGGUGUUAAGCCAAUCAUGGAAGAUUUUGCAGCAGCAAAAAAGUUGCUCGAAUCACGAAAAUUUACGCAAAGCUUUAUUUAACUUGAAACCCAUUAAGGGACCUUCCGAUAACGUGCGGAUGCUUUCUAAUUUGCAUCAGUUCAAACUCCGAGGUCCGUACGACUCCUGUUCUGCCGAGCCAAACAAAAUAUCCGGAAAGUAUUUACUACAACCAUCUAUGGAGGAUGAACCAUUUGUGGGCUUCUGCGAGCAAACAAAAUUCGGCGGUGGCUGGUUGGUGAUCCAACAUCGGUACGACGGAUCAUUGGACUUUUAUCGUAACUGGACCGAAUUCAAACAUGGUUUCGGAGAAGCUGAUAGAGAAUACUGGAUCGGUUUGGAAUUGUUGCACAAGUUAACUUCAUCGAAAACUUACCAGCUGUUAGUUGAAUUGGAAGACUUCGUUGGGGAUUUCAAAUAUGCUAAGUUUUCCGAUUUCGAAAUUGGAAACGAAACAGAAAAGUACAUGCUGAAAAAAAUAGGAACCUACACUGGAACUGCGGGAGAUUCAUUGGCGUAUCAGAAAGGCAUGAAAUUCACCACACUGGACAGUGACAACGAUGCCAAUUCUGCUAACUGUGCUGAGUCAAAUAGUGGCGCUUGGUGGUACAAUAACUGUCACCAUAGUAAUCUUAAUGGAAAAUAUAUGAACGCAAACGAUGCAAGAUCAGCUUCAUGGUAUCAUUUCAAGAGUGCUUAUUCUGGAUUAAAGUAUACCAGGAUGCUGAUUCGAGAUGUGAACUGAAAUAAGUUACUUUUGCGCUUCAUAAGCUCAAGCAUACAUUGAAUUCAACUUUUUUUGUUGAUGAAUAAAGUGAAAU